UGCUCCCGUGACGGGCAGCCUUGACUUCUGGCCCUCCUGCUCCUGAAACAAAGACAAGAAGUUAUGGAGGGCAGGAGAGAAGCGGGGGAGAGAGUUAAGAGACAGGGCAAUUGUAAGGGGGUUGAAGGACACGGAGGACCGAGGGAGGGUAUAAUGGGAAGGUGUCUGAGAUGGAGGCUCUGAGGCGAGACCUCUUCUUCCAUUGUGUUCACCCGAGUCCCAUAAAAGAGAGCAAGAGUUAUGACACUGUGGGCAGUGCCAGGGACUGUGUCUCUCUGUGUGUCUAAACUUCUGAAUGACUCGGCAUCUUAGGCUUUUUCCUUCUUUUUUUUUAAUUACCAAUAACCCCCCCGAAAAACAUCUCAGCACAGAAACUGAGUAAGAAAAAUGUCAAACAUGCUCUUCCACCGGCUCUGUACGUGUGUCUACAUGCUGUUUUAAAUGAAACUUGAGAUCCGGUUACACUUUAUUUGUUGAAUGAUAAUGCUAACUAAUGAGUUGCAGGUGUAACGCUUUGUUAUACUCGUAUUUACACCACACACAGAGAGAGCACAGUUUUCAGUAACAUAAAGGUAACGGAGGCCUCGAGGUCUUCUGCAGGAAAGCUGUUUACGUGCCUUUCAGUGAAACGUGUUGGCCUCCCACUCCCUGUACAGCUCGGCGUUAGAAGAAUGGGGAUUGUUAUGUCGUAAACUGCGGCCUUGCAAAUCUCUGUGUAGCAGAAAAAUGUUUUAGCUGGAUACUGAGAUGUGAAAUAUUCAAAUUGUGGACAUUGUGAGGCUAGAGACACUUCCACAGCCUGUAAAGAGGCAGAAAGGAAAGUAUUGUUGUUUGGAUGCUCUCCCUGUCCUGGUACUGACGUCUCCGUACUGAUUCUGACUCGGCUGCUUCACAGACCUCAUAACUGCGGCUAUUCCUCUCAUUUUUUUCUCUGUGUGUCUUUUUCUAUGUGAUCUGUCCAAGAGGCGAUUUUCUCAGCCAAACAGGAGAAAACUGGAUAAACAAAACUUAGUUGUGCCAUCAUAAAACGCACUCCCUUACGUCUUUGAGCGAUGUUUGACAAACAGCAUUACGAGAGUCCGCCGGUCUACAGUCCCCCUUUCACCCCUCCACCCAACAAUGGCUUUGGGCCUGCGGCGAGCUUCCAUGGCCCUCAGAGCGACUACAACGUGUACCCACCUCCACCGGGAUCCUACUACAUGGAGGACAAGCCGCAGCACUUCUACAAAUGGCUGUCACCUCCUGGGAUCGUCAAAGCCAUGAUGGUCACAGUCAUAGUGCUGUGUUUGGCGAUAUUCGCCUGUGUGGCUUCCACGCUCAUGUGGGAUAUCCAGUACGGGUAUGGCUCGGGAAUGGGUUACUACGGUUCUGGGAUGGGCUACGGCAGCGGCUACAUUGGAGGCAGCUACGGCUCGGGCUACGGUGGUUACGGCGGAUACGGAAACUACUACGGCUCCGGCUCCUACAUUUCUCCUUACUCGGCCAAAGCUGCUAUGAUUGCCAUGGCAGCCAUUAACUUCGUAGGAGCACUGGCCUUCUUCAUUGCCAGCUUCUCUAAAACCAACGCAGUCCGCAGCAGAAAGUACUUCCUGGCUGUCUUGAUAUCCAGCGUUUUGAUGGCUGCCCUGCAGGGCAUCAUAAACAUCGUCUACAUCGUGGGGGUAAACCCCAUGGCCCAGAGCUCCUCCAGUAUGAUGUACAAUCCAAUGCUCAUGAUGUGCCAGAAUCUUUACCAGACCAGUUACUCGCAGAUGGGAGGAGUGGGAGGCUUCCCCAUGUACAACCAGUACCUGUACCAUUACUGCUUUGUGGACCCACAGGAGGGAAUUGCAAUGGCAUGUGGAUUCCUGGUUGUCAUCGCCUUGAGUGUUGCUGCUUUCUUCGCUCAGAGGACAAGAGGGAAGAUCUGGCGCUACGGCAAACCGAAUAUUUACUGGGAAGAGCCUCUUGUUGGUGGGAAGGCCUCAGAGGGCAGAGAUGUAGAGGACUGGGUGAACAAUGUGGAGGAAAGCCGGAGUGUUCAGGAUGCCCCGACCCUGCUGGUGUCAGAGAAGGGAGGCGGGCCGCUUAACACCGCAGUUAACAGCGUCGUCUCCUACUCCCCACCCAAGGUGGAGAGCAGCUCCUACAAUGACGAUGCGUACGACAACAACGAGUACUCUGAACGGACAAACAGCCGGCCAUCAGAAAUGUUCUUCCACAGCGGGGGGACCAGCUCGAGCCCCUCAGAAGAGACGGGCGGAGGCCGCAAACCCUCCGCAAACAGGGGCAAGAGGCGCAGACGUAACCCAGAACUGGACGAGUCUCAGUAUGACACGGAGUACACCACGGGAGGAGAGACGGGCAAUGAACUGGAUGCAGAAGAAUUGGAGAGCAUGUACCCAGAGAUAACAUCGGAUGAUCAGCGACACGAUUAUAAGAGAGAGUUUGACGCCGACCUUCGGGAGUACAAGCGGCUGUGUGCUGAGAUGGACGACAUUAACGACCAGUUGAACAAGCUCAGCCGGCAGCUGGACACGCUGGACGACACCUCAGCCAAAUACCAGAUUGUAGCUGAGGAAUAUAACCAGCUGAAGGACCUGAAGCAGACGUCCGACUACCAGGCUAAGAAGACAGAGUGCCGCCGGCUGAGACACAAACUGUUCCACAUCAAACGCAUGGUGAAGGACUAUGACAAGAACCACUGAGGAGCACCCACUCUGCCCACAGCACAUGAUGCACUCCAACAUGCCACAAAGACUCUGUGACCUGCUGAGACCAAAGUUAAAGGACACACUCACGCUCACACACACACGGGGAACACGCUGCAAGUUUAAUGAUCUACUGUAAACAAAUAAUCGCUGAUUUUGGGAGAGAAUGAGGGGAGGAGCCUCCGGCCUGUUUGGCCUCAGUGCUUGCAGGGUACGGUUACUCCUGAGGAUCAAAGGCGGUUUGAAGGUCACCUAAUAAUUAGUCGCCCGAGGUAACGCUUUGCUCGCUUUUCUGCGUUUGCUCUCUGAUAGGCGACUUUUCUUUGUUUUUUCCUCCACAGAUAAGAGUCGGUGAUGUUGUAGGUGAGCAAACACGCAGCCUCUGUGUGGCCGACGAACAUUAGCUGAGGGUUUCUCACGUCGGCGUUCGUAACGACCUUAAAUGUGGCUGAACUUAACAGCUUUCUUUUACCGUUUUUUUUGCUUUUGUCGACACUGAGAUUUUUAUAUUUUUUUACAGAUGUUGUGACACCAAAACUGGCCAACAGGCUGUGUGUGGCAGUGUUGUAUUGUGCGUUCUUUUAACGAGUCGUGCUCUUCGUAUAUAUCAGAACAAAUUUACAGUUGGUCUCUAAAACCUGGGGAUUCAUUAGUGCUUGUACAUACUGUAGGCUCAUAGUUGUGUGUUUAAACUAUGCAAAUUAGUCAAAUUAACCACAGUGUCUGUAUGUUUUCAUCACACUCCUGAAAAACCCGCCUCGCUGUUUCUGUCGAUAAGCUGAACUCAUUUGAUUCUUUGCCAAUGAAAACGAGCUUUAAUUCUCAGCGUUUGUGAAAAUCUACUGUACACCUUAAAUUCAUGUAGACUCGCUUGUGAUUCGUCUUGCAUUUGUAUUUUUAUGAAGAACAUUGUUGUCAUUUUAAAAACCAUUUGCGAGCCAUUUAUUUUUGUAAGAAUUUAUUUUCUUUGACGCUAUUAUAAAAAGACCAUUUUUGUAACUGUGUACCUCCAUAAAUGAUGUUGUCUAAAAAGUAUUGAAUUUAGUGAAUAAUAAACAUUUCUAAUUCUC